AUUGACAGAAUUAUCAAAGUCGUUGCUAUGUUUGGUCAAACAAGGCAUUUAAGAUAUCAAUUACUAAGUGUGCAAUCUGAUAUGUUUUGUCACAUGCAGAGAUUAAACCUUUGUUUUGUAAAGCAAUACUUGAUAAAUCAAAAAUAGUUACCUGUACAGGUAAGCCAUAGGGGGUCAGGUAACAUGUGAUAGAAUCUCUUUAAAUGUUCAUCAAUUAGUCUACUAUAACAGAACAACCGUUGUAUUUGACAGUGAAACAAGUGAUUGAUUUCUAAUUAACAAAGUAGUACUAAAGCAUACCUAAGUGGAUGUUACGGUCUAUCCAAGUUAAGCAAGUGAUUGGUGUUAAAGAGUUAAUGGUUCUUCAGCAUCCCAAGAGGACUAAAUGUAACAAUAGACAUUCUUUAUAAGAAGGAAAAGUGAAACAAAACAAGAGGAUUAUAAAAUAGACGUCAUAACUGCAAGACAUUUUUGAAAGCUAAAUAGUAUACUGUAACAAUGAGCGACAAGGACCACAGUUUUACAGAUUUUGAUAUGUUCAAAUCAAUGACGGAAUUGAAAAGUGUGUACGUUGACGACGAACAAAAGAAAAUGAACCGCCCAAAAACCGCCAAGGAAACAUUAAGUGACACAGUUACCAAUAUACGAAACGAUUCCAGAAGAUUUUAUAAGUUUGUAAAAAGUCACAUUCGUAUAAAGCGAGGAGACCGAGACACAAAGGUCAAGGAGAUAUCUAUUAUACCGGAAGAAGAUGGUUCGACAUGGGCAAAACGAUCAGUAAAUAGCGCAGCCUCGCGGUCAAGUAUUGACUCUAAUUUAUCUUCGGACAGUCAUUGUAGUAAAGACAGUUACGAUGCUAUUCAUGACAUUGACAUUGAGCAUUACUCUUCAGAUGUGGGAUCACCAUCAUGAGAGAGAGACAAUGACAUUAAACAUUACUCAUCCGUCCUGAGACAGAACAGUGGAGAGGCAGUAGCAAUGCAAACGGAUUACAAAACACACCUCGUACCAACUCUAGUCAAAUGUACAUAUUUCAUCAUCAUGGAUACAUCUCCUGUUUCUGAUAAAACAGUAAUUAAGUCAAAAUUAAUACAUAUCUGUAUUUUCUUUUAAUAAUUGAAAGAAAAAAUAGUCAUUAUUCCAUUCAACUUGUUAUUGACACUUCCCUUGUUAGUAAAUAAUACUUGUAUGCGACUUUUAUUUAAUACUUUGCGAUAAAGUUGAAUAAUUUUUUUUUUUAACUUUAACUCAUUUCAAAAUGAAACACUGUGAGUAAAGACGGUGUAUCACAUGUUUCAAAUCGUGCAAUACAUUGGCAUUUAUUUAUUUAAUUCGAAUACAGUAACUGUUUGUUUUCAUCUUUAAUUUUUCUUCUCAUUGUUAUGCUGUGAAGUGCUAAAUGUGAAUAUCAGCUGUGAUAAACAUAAGUAAAUCAGUUUAAAAAAAAUGACGAAGAAAGGCCGUGAAGCAAAAAUGAACUAAAGGUUAUACGGAAAGACAAUUGUAUUCGAUGACAAUUCUGAGGAAUAAUGAUAGAUUUGAUUCAUAUCAGAAAUGGGGUAACAUAAAGAUUAGAAACACCACCGACGAAUCAUUCACAUUAACAAAUUGCGACAAAAUCAUUUUCGAUAUCUAUACAUAUACCAUAGCAUGCUCAAGAAUAUUGCACAACGCAAUGCUGGUGUUUUAUUUUUUACAUAUAAGAAUGAUCUACUCCUAAUGCUAAAUUCAAUACGGACCCCUUUCAAUUCUUAUUUCGAAAGUCAAUAUAUGAAAUUAGAAACCCAGCUAAAAUCUUAGUUAUAAUACAACUGGAUGUUAUUCUUUCUUUUUUAAGAAUAACGAGUUUUUGAUAGAGCUAGUCGAAACGAAUUUGGAUAAAUCCAAAAAAUCCAGAUUGAUACUUAUUUUAAAUUUUCGAGCUUUACUGUUUUCUCCGUCAAAAGAAUCUAAAUGUCAAAAAAUCAACAAGAACAAGACAAGAAGCACAUUAAUCGUGGUUCAGAUAAAGACAUAUGUGUUUUACAUUUAGUUUGUAAAUAUAUUCUGAAGUCUUCCACGUAUUAACAUUAAACAUUGUGAUUACUCUGUUGAAAAAGAUGAUAUAUGUUUUUGAAAAAUAGCAAAGGAAAAUCUUAAUUUUGGCAAAGUAUAAGAACAUUCUAUAUAAGGACAUGUAUACCGAUGAUCCAUCUUAAUGUGCAAGUAAAAGAGUUGCUGUAUGCAGUGAGUGCAAUGUUAUAUUUUUGUGUAUGUAUUUACUGCAAUCGAUCAAUAGCAAUAUUUGUAAAAUAGCCACCAGUAUCAUGUUUACCUCGUUCUCUUCUGUUUCAUCAGAUACGAAAUCCAUGGCAAAGUUAAUACCUGUCUAUUUACAUACAGCUAUUGUGUUGUUUUACUUUUACAUUUUGUGUAAGACACAGAUAUAUAAAAGGUCAUUCAAUUGAAGUUAUAAUUGUUUGUCAAAUUAUUAUAAUAUUGUCAUUUGCAUAUGAUUUGUUUAAUCGAAGAGUGCUUAUUUGAAAACAAUAAAUAAUAAGGAUAUAA